AUGUCUCGCUUUCUACACACUUCCCUUGCCCUCUCCAUGUUAUGGCUGCCUCUCUGCACUCAAGCCCAUAUGCAGUUGAGUUGGCCAUACCCCCUACGGAGUCCCCUGGAUCCCGAUGUCCCCGUUGAUGAGAAAGAUUAUAAUAUGGUGGCUCCGCUGUUUGCUGACGGUUCUAACUUUCCAUGCAAGAAUUACGAGAACGACACAGAUGGCUAUGUGACCAAAGCGACUUACCUAGCCGGCGGCACCUACGACAUGUGGUUGAAUGGGACGGUCGAACAUGACGGAGGGUCUUGUCAACUAUCGCUGUCGUACGACAACGGAGCUACGUUCAAAGUCAUCAAAUCCAUGAUAGGCGGAUGCCCUCUGACACACACCUACAACUUCACGAUCCCGAGCUUUGCGCCUUCGUCCGAUUCGGCGCUCUUUUCGUGGUCUUGGUUCAAUCUUGUCGGAGAUCGAGAGAUGUAUCAAGGGUGUGCGAGAGUCCAGAUUGUCGGUGGCUCGAGCGGACGGCAUCGACGAAGCUCCCCUUACAGACGACAGGCCUCUCAAUUCGACCGCCUACCGAAUAUGUUCGUGUGCAACGUUGGCAACGGCUGCCAGACCAUCGAGCGACAAGAGGUGGUCUUUCCAGAUCCCGGUAACGAUGUUGUCUAUGGUCAGGAUGCCAUCGUUCCCGAUCCAGGUCCGGGGUUUAUUAUUGAGGACGCUGUUGCUUCGACUACCACUGGAACUCUCACGACAACCACGACGUCUAGCAGCUUGGAUUUUCCCUCAUUGACAACAACGUUUACAAGUCAGACUACUUCAUCUUCAUUGACUGAAACGACAACCCCGGAUCCUGCAUCCUCGACAUCUGCCGCCACCACCACCACCACCACCACCACCACCACAUUCGCGCCCGACACAGCUGCCUUUUUUCUCACGACUUCUUCGACCACUCUCGCUCCCUUCCCGUUGACCAACGCGUCAACCACUUCCUCUCCAGUUCUCUUGGGGACUGGGGUCCUGUAUGUCAACGGGACAGGAAGCGUGGUGGACAAUCUUGCCAAUUCCACGACUACUUCUGCCGCUCUGACCACAACCUCAACCUCCCUUGCCCCCUUCCCACUAACCAACAGCUCAACUGUUACCUCCCCUCUUCCUUCGGGAACCGGGAUCCGGCUUACUAACGUUUCAAGCGUCGCGCUAUAUAACCUUGAUGAUUCGACGACUUCCUCGAUGAUGACGACCACGACCACGACCACGACCCCAACGACACUCACCACGAUGAGACCGACUACGACGACAGAUGAUUUUGCGAUAGACUUCAUGACUACGAUGACGACUCGCACGACCUCGACCACCAGAAGAACGACCAGCACUUUCUCCACGUUGACGACAAGCGUUACUCGACCAACGACAUUUACGACUUUAAUACGCCUCGUCACCAGCAGCACCACCACCACCACCACCACCACUUCUCCCACCUCCCUCCCCCUCCCCUGCGUCCCCGGGACAUUCGCGUGCAACACCCCCUCUAGCUUCUCGCAGUGCGUCGGCACCGACACCGGAACGACGUACAUCUUCAUGGGCUCCGUGGCCCUCGGCACGACGUGCGUCAACGGCCAAAUCAUCCGCGAAAACGACGGCCCGUGCACCCCCAACGGCGCGCUGUUCUGCAACGGCGACAGGGCGUUUUACCUGUGCGACCAGGGCGGACUCGUGGAGAUGGGCCCCGUCGCGCCCGGGACGGUCUGUCGCAACGGCGUCAUCGUCGCUGCUUGAAUGGAACCUGUUUGUUUCAAGAACGAGAACGAGAAGAGUCACGCCACGCAUUGGGUUUGUUUCACUGUCUACGAUACCACCAGAUGAUCUUUUUUUCGAGGAUACAUGGGAGGGGAGAUUAAAGGGAAAGAAGGCAAGGCGUUCUUGGAGGAGGAGGCGUCCUGUCCUGAGGCGUCAGGUUCUCGAGGCCGAAUCCGUUGGGAUCUUGAUCCUCACUUUUCUGCCUCUACCCGGCGUUAGUGGUUCAUCCUUUUUGGGGUUUCUUGGGAAAGGGGGGCCUUGGGAUUCAGCAUGGCAUGGCAUGGCAUGGCAGGUUGGGGGAUAAUGGGUUGGCAUUGAGGUAAUACGGGACGGAUAAAGGCGUUCGGGGAAAUUCCAGCAUCCCACGAACACGGACCAACAGCACAGAGGGUUGUGUUGUGUUAGCACUCUUCAUUAUGUAUUUAGGGGGCGCACGACAGGCAGACUGGCGUACGGCACGAGGGCAUACGAACACGCAGGGCGAUGAAUACCCGUUGAGAAUGAUAUCUGGCAACGGACCAAUGCGAUCAAUAAUCCCCCAAAUCACAAGUUCACGACCUGCUCCGGUAUCACAUCAGAGGACAAAAUGCCAAUCACAGCAGGU